AUGUUGCAACUUCUCUCUCACUCGCGCAAUCACUCACUCACUGAUCACCCUCUCUGUCAAUCAUCGUUCUCUAUCACUAUCUCUCCCUUUCAUUUACAUCUUUUUAUACUUUCCUCUUUUCCUUUUUCUUAUUAUAUUUCUUUUUCUUCAUUUCUCUCCCUCCCUUUCUCUCUCUCUCUCUCUCUCUCUCUCAACCCGUCUUUCUAUCACAAUUCUCUAUGUGUAUCUCCCUUAUUUUUACGUCUUUUUCUUCCUUUCACCUUUCCUUUUAUCUUCCUCUCUCUUCGUUUCUCCCUCCCUUCCCUCACUCUCUAUAUAUAUCUCAAGCCUUCCCUCUAUCAGCAUUCUCUCUCUCUCUCUCUCUCUCUACUUACUCGUCUUUUGGGUCUUUUCACCUUUUAUUUUCCUCUCUUUUUUUUCUCCAUUCAUUUUUCCUCUCUGUCUCUCUCUCGCUCUCUAUCUCUUACUUUUAUACCAUUUUAUUCCUUUCCCUUCCCUUUUUAUAAUUAUCUUGCUCUUUUCUUCUCUCCUUCCUCUCUCCUCUCUCUCUCUCCUCCCUCUCAACCCGUCUUUCUAUCACAAUUCUCUAUUUGUAUCUCCCCUUAUUUUUACGUCUUUUUCUUCCUUUCACCUUUCCUUUUAUCUUCCUCUCUCUUCCCUUCCUCUAUCAGCAUUCUCUCUCUCUCUCUCUCUUUUCUUCUUUUGGGUCUUUUCACCUUUUAUUUUCCUCUCUCUUUUUUUCUCCAUUCAUUUUUCCUCUCUGUCUCUCUCUCGCUCUCUAUCUCUUACUUUUAUAUCAUUUUAUUCCUUUCCCCUUCCCUUUUUAUAAUUAUCUUGCUCUUUUCUUCUCUCCUUCCUCUCCCUCUCUCUCUCUCUCCCUCCCUCUCAACCCGUCUUUCUAUCACAAUUCUCUAUGUGUAUCUCCCUUAUUUUUACGUCUUUUUCUUCCUUUCACCUUUCCUUUUAUCUUCCUCUCUCUUCGUUUCUCCCUCCCUUCCCUCACUCUCUAUAUAUAUCUCAAGCCUUCCCUCUAUCAGCAUUCUCUCUCUCUCUCUCUCUCUCUUACUCGUCUUUUGGGUCUUUUCACCUUUUAUUUUCCACUCUCUUUUUUUCUCCAUUCAUUUUUCCUCUCUGUCUCUCUCUCGCUCUCUAUCUCUUACUUUUAUAUCAUUUUAUUCCUUUCCCCUUUCCUUUUAUAAUUAUCUUGCUCUUUUCUUCUCUCCUUCCUCUCCCUCUCUCUCUCCUCCUCUCUCAACCCGUCUUUCUAUCACAAUUCUCUAUGUGUAUCUCCCUUAUUUUUACGUCUUUUUCUUCCUUUCACCUUUCCUUUUUCUUCCUCUGUCUUCGUUUCUCCCUCCCUUCCCUCACUCUCUAUAUAUAUCUCAAGCCUUCCCUCUAUCAGCAUUCUCUCUCUCUCUCUUACUCGUCUUUUGGGUCUUUUCACCUUUUAUUUUCCUCUCUCUUUUUUUCUCCAUUCAUUUUUCCUCUCUGUCUCUCUCUCGCUCUCUAUCUCUUACUUUUUAUAUCAUUUUAUUCCUUUCCCUUCCCUUUUAUAAUUAUCUUGCUCUUUUCUUCUCUCCUUCCUCUCCUCUCUCUCUCUCUCCCUCCCUCCUCUCAACCCCGUCUUUCUAUCACAAUUCUCUAUUUGUAUCUCCCUUAUUUUUACGUCUUUUUCUUCCUUUCACCUUUCCUUUUAUCUUCCUCUCUCUUCGUUUCUCCCUCCCUUCCCUCACUCUCUAUAUAUAUCUCAAGCCUUCCCUCUAUCAGCAUUCUCUCUCUCUCUCUCUCUCUCUUACUCGUCUUUUGGGUCUUUUCACCUUUUAUUUUCCUCUCUCUUUUUUUCUCCAUUCAUUUUUCCUCUCUGUCUCUCUCUCGCUCUCUAUCUCUUACUUUUAUAUCAUUUUAUUCCUUUCCCCUUCCCUUUUUAUAAUUAUCUUGCUCUUUUCUUCUCUCCUUCCUCUCCCUCUCUCUCUCUCUCCCUCCCUCUCAACCCGUCUUUCUAUCACAAUUCUCUAUGUGUAUCUCCCUUAUUUUACGUCUUUUUUUCUUCCUUUCACCUUUCCUUUUUUAUCUUCCUCUCUCUUCGUUUCUCCCUCCCUUCCCUCACUCUCUAUAUAUAUCUCAAGCCUUCCCUCUAUCAGCAUUCUCUCUCUCUCUCUCUCUCUCUUUACUCGUCUUUUGGGUUUUUUCACCUUUUAUUUUCCUCUCUUUUUUUCUCCAUUCAUUUUUCCUCUCUGUCUCUCUCUCGCUCUCUAUCUCUUACUUUUAUAUCAUUUUAUUCCUUUCCCUUCCCUUUUUAUAAUUAUCUUGCUCUUUUCUUCCCUCCUUCCUCUCCCCCCCUCUCUCUCUCUCUCUUUCUCAAUCUUUCUCUCUAUCGUUCUUACCUCAUCUAUCUAUCUAUCUAUCUAUCUAUCUAUUAUUUUUUUUCAUAUCUAUCUAUCUAUCUAUCUAUCUAUCUAUCUAUCUAUCUAUUUAUGUCUGUUCAUUUCUCUCGCUAUCUAUCUAUCUAUCUAUCUAUCUAUCUAUUAG